GAUAAUAAACCGAUGCGUUCUGAAUCGCUUUUGUAGCAAAGGAGAGUGUAGGGGAGGAGAUCGGGCAUUUCUUCGAGGUGGAAAUCUAGGGCGCAGGCGCAACGAAGGAGUUUGUGGAUUGGAUUACGGCGGACGCUGCUCCUCUCGUCGUCCUUCGUUGCUCGAGGGUUAGGGCAUGCAGGGAUGGAACUCGAGGAGCUGGUUAAGGAAGGAAAAGAAGGCGAGGAGGUCGUGCACGACGUUGCCUGCUCGAUCUGCCUUGAGGCCGUGAAGAGCAGAGGGGGCCGAGCCACUGCUCGGCUGCAAUGCGGGCACGAAUUCCAUCUAGAUUGCAUUGGUUCUGCCUUUAAUGCUAAAGGAGUGAUGCAAUGCCCGAAUUGUCGAAAAGUUGAAGAGGGAGGAAAUUGGCUCUACUCAAAUGGCUGCCAUCCAACUCCAGAUCUUGUUGUCGAUGAGUGGAUGCACAAUGAAGACCUUCACAAUCAUAGUUACACUGAACCUUCAGAUGGAGGUCAUUGGUGCCCUUUCAGUGGCUUGGCAAGAAUUCAAUCACUGUUUGAGGAAGGUGAAUCUUCUUCAGCUGUUGCUUUUCGUGAUCUUUUUGGAUAUCAUGGUAUUAUGACUGAGCACCAGGCUACCAUGUCAUCAACUCAUCCCUGCCCUUUCAUAGCUCACACACAAUGGCUCCAACCUCCUCCCAAUCAUUCAACAUUUGAUUUACAGCCUGAUGGUCUUGGAUAUCACCAACAAUGGAGUUAUUUCUCGAGACCAAGAGAUACUCACACUCGAAUUGCGGCACUAAAUAAUUUGCGAAAUCAUGCUUGGGGACAUCACCAUCAUCCAUAUUACCCUCCUAAUGCCCACAUUAACAGUGCUGAUCUAGCAUCUCACUUUUCAAGGUCUGAAACAGAUGGUUUUCCUAGUGCCGAUUCUGUUUUCCCUCCAUUUGUUUUCAGCCACAGAAAUGGCUCGAGACCUGGAGCUACCAGUUCCUCUGUUCCCCCCAUGGUUCCACCGCACCCUAGAACCCUUGCCAAUUUUCCUGAAGUCUACCAGCGUCAAAAUUCUCAAAAUGUGCACGGAACAAACAUGCCACAGCCAGCAAACUGGAGGGGUGUCAAUUCAGGAGAACAGGCAUGGCCUUUCUUGAUAUCUUCAACCGUUUCUUUCAAUGCCGGGGCAAUUCAAAAUAUCGGUCGCCAUCCAUGGGAGCCUGAUGAUGCAUCGACACAUCUGUUUUCACCUGUUGGCAGGGAAUUCAUUGCCGGGGGCCCUUACCCUCAGCCAAAUGGUGCAUCAGAUUCCAACUCUCCGAUGAACUACUUGCUGCUGCCGAAUGGCCCCGAGAGGUUAUCAGUGCAAGCUGGAUACAACCAAACAAUACCUCCAGCUUGCAUGCUGUCCCUGAUGUGAUGCAAAUCUGCCAUUUCUAGACACUGAUCUAUAUUUCAUUUCGGGAUAUACAAAUAGUCGACUUCCUCAAGUCUCUCCAUAAACUAUGAUUGGCUGCCCUUGGUCGCAAAGCUUCGAAGUAGUUCUGUUUGGACUGCAUCCAUCGUUUAUAAACAUCGCGGACAUGUCUAUUCUCAUGGAUAAGAUGAAUGACCAGAAAUGGCAUGAUUGAAACAAUCUGUUUUUAAACUCUUAGUGAUGGGAAGACCCUCAUAAGUUUAAAAGCCUGCACAUUUUCUUUGUGGGAAAAUGUAUCGUCAAAUUAUAAGCUAUUUUCCCGAGUCUUCAGUGAAACGAAGACCAUCUGUACAUUCGAAAAGCAGAUGCUUUACUUCUCUUUUUAGUCGCAUUUUGACUGCAUGGCUGAAUGAUGCACAUUAGUACACGCGUCAACACUGGUGGGCGUGUUUAUGUAUUUGAUUAUUUAAAUGUUUUGGGUUU